AUGGGACGCGAGAUGGUGAGCAAGGCCGAGCGUUGCGGGGUCGAUACGAUGACAAGAGGCGACGAAAGGAUGAUGAGACCGAGCUCGCAACAGUCGCCAUGCUCAGGCUGUAAGACAUCCAUCAGAUCGACACUGAUCCUCACCAUCUCAAUGCGACGUCGAGAGCGUCAAGGCGAAACAAGCAAUCCACGGAAAACGAAGUCCUUCUCUGGUUUGGCUGUCUUCUCAACGGCACGAUGUCGACUGCGUCAAGGGAAAAGGGCUCGAUGCCAGUCUUCUUCUUAUCGCUCUACGUCCAACUCUGAAGCCCAACCGCGAGGCACUUUCUUUUGUUUUUGUCGAUAA